AUGUCUGAGCACCUCCAUACCUAUCACGAGGACGAGGAGGACGCAGCCCGCACACCAACACCCUUCACCGGUGCAGGCGCGACCUCGCCAACUCUGGACGCGCUGCUCUCACCCAAAAACCCUGAAGCCCAUUUCCCCGCGCGCGCAUCGGUCGCGGCGUCAGACGUGACUGAUGACGAGACGCGCUUUUCGACCGUCGCGCUCAGCAGUGCCCGCCAGAGCUGGGACUCCGCGCGACUCUCCUUGGGUUCGGCGGACUCGAACUUUACCAAGGACGACCGCCGGAAUACCGUCGCGUUGGAUACGGCGGGGGUAUCUACGCCAGUGAAGGCUCUCGGGCACAAGAAGACGCCGUCGACGUCAACCAUACUCUCGGCUUCAAAUGUCCCUUUCAUGCUGUCUCAAAUGGAGGGUGACGAGAGUUCGCGUCGGAACAGCGCGGCGAGCCAGCACAAAAUUCAGGAGGAAUUUGCUCGCAAGCACGUUGAUUUGCAAGAUUCUGGUUCUGAAAAUGACGAAGAGGACUCGGUUGAUUGGGACUUCUGGGGACAAGUCGUGUCUGAUUACCAGAAAUUCGCCGCUGAUCAUCCUCAGGAGCUCGCGUCUGCAAUUGGACGCGGCAUCCCGAAGACGAUACGGGGCAUGAUUUGGCAACUAAUGACUGCGUCGAAAGACCCUGAGUUGGAGAGCACGUAUUUACGUCUGUUGAAGGAGACAAGUCCACACGAGAAAGCUAUUACCAGAGAUCUCGGACGGACAUUCCCCCAUCAUGCUUUCUUCACAGACGGGCGUGGAAUAGGCCAAGAGAACUUGUUUAAUGUCUUGAAAGCGUAUUCAUUGUACGACCCACAGGUUGGGUACUGUCAAGGGCUGCCAUUCGUAGCCGCCGUGUUAUUGCUGCAUAUGCCCGACGAAGAAGCGUUUUGUCUCCUUGUCCGGCUCAUGUACUCGUAUGACUUGCGAGGUCAUUUCUUGCCUGAGAUGCCGAAGCUACAGCUACGAUUAUUCCAGUUUGAACGCCUGAUAGAGGAGCUUGCGCCUGUCAUGCACGUCCACUUUCUCCGACAAGGCAUCAAGUCGAGCAUGUACUGCUCGCAAUGGUUUCUGACAAUGUUCAGCUAUCGAUUCCCCAUGGAUGUAGUCUUCCGCAUAUUUGAUAACUGCCUGGCGAGCGGCAUCGAGGCGCUAUUCUCAUUCAGCCUUGUGCUACUUCUCAAGAACGAGCAGACGCUCCUCUCACUGAAGUUUGACCAGCUCGUAUCGUUCCUCAACGUGCGAAUAUUCGAUCUCUAUCAGGUGGACCCGCCAUCAGGCGACUCGUCUUCUCAAGCGGAAGAGGGUGAGGCGCGAAUAGGAGAUAUCAAAUACAACGUCGACCAGUUUGUGCAAGACGCGUUUGCACUGGAUGUCACGUCCUUCAUGCUGGACUCAUACGUACAGGAGUAUGAGGAGAUGGUCCGCACGCGGAACGCGCAUGCGAUCGAGAUGGACGCCCUGCGUAAUAGCAAUCGCCAGCUAUCGGCGCAGGUGAACAGGAUGGAGUCUAGCUUAUCUCAGCUGAAUGUAGAACACUGCGAGCUACUAAACGAACUCGUGAAAGCCCGUCUCAAGCACGAAGAACUCGAGUCGGAGCUCGUGCGGUACAAACUACUGUACGCCGAGGCGAUGCAUCAGAGCGAGGAUGCCAUGUCAUCACACCGGAUAUCCAUGGGAAUGGCCAAGAGGGGCAGCUCUAGUACAGGGUGA